AAUUGAGAGCUUUCAACUGACGAUCAAGUUUACACGCAAUGGACGUUCAAAUAUUAUCGCCAGAGGCACCUUCCAAAUCUAAUAGCCACAAGAAUCAAAAUGCCAUGGAUGUCGAUGGUGGUGAUGUCCAACUCGUCAUGCCAGGCGAAACCAUCACAAGUGAUCUUCAGUUCAUGAGAGGUCACGGAACGUAUCUUGAUUCAGAAAGUACCGUCAUAUCGUCAGUAGCGGGAGUCGUGGAGCGCGUGAACAAGUUAAUAUCAGUCAGAGCAUUGAAGGCACGGUACACGGGAGAAAUUGGUGAUAUCGUGGUUGGCCGGAUCACUGAGGUUGCACCAAAACGAUGGAAGGUGAAUGUCAACGGACGACAAGAUGCCAUUCUCAUGCUGAGUGCUAUUUCUUUACCCGGAGGCAUUCAGAGACGAAAAAACGAAGAAGAUGAAUUGCAGAUGCGUAAAUUUUUCGCCGAGGGUGAUAUGGUGGCCGCUGAAGUGCAGGCUUUCUUUGUUGACGGAGCGAUUGGGCUUCAUACGCGAGGUCAUCAAUUCAGCAAGCUUAGAAAUGGCUCCCUCGUUGUUGUUCCAUCUGCCCUAGUGCAGCGCUGCAAGUCACAUUUUCAUCUUCUUCCUUGCGGCGUACAUCUAGUGCUCGGUUUGAAUGGAUACAUAUGGGUUAGCAAGCCCGUCAUUGGUAAUCCAGAAUCUACUGAUGAAGCAGACAUCGAGCGAACAUACUCCAACAAAAACGAUAUAAUUGACGAUGCUGAGCGAGAGAGUAUUGCAAGAGUGUGUAAUUGUUUGAGGGCGUUGGCCAGGAAAUUCAUGCAUAUCAACGACACAAUAAUUAUUUAUACUUACGAAGCAUCACUCAAAUAUCCUGUCAAGGAUCUACUGAAGAAGGAUGUUGUAGAUUCAAUUACCUCUGAAGCAUCACACAAGUUGACCAUGGAAUAAAUCAGUAUUCUAAUAAAAUGUGCCAAAAUUGUACAUA